UUUCUUUUAAACGGCUAACAAAAUUAAUAAAUGCAUCGAAAUAAUGUAAUAAAAGGAAUUAUGUUCAGUCGUAACAUGCACGAUAAUAUGUCUUGUAAAAUAGUUUUCUAAAUACACAAAAAGCCACGCCCACUAUAACCUAACAAUAAUCGCGGCCACGCCCCCUUUAGUCAAAAUAUGUAUUAAAAAUAAACGGUGCUAAAUUAAUUGAACACAUAUUUAAACGUAUAUUUUGGUGUAAAUAAGUGAAUGUUUUUUAAGAAAAGAAAACUUUGUUGGGCAAUGGAAAUGAUUGUGAGAAAGAGAAAGAGAAAGAGAGAGAGAGAGAGAGAGAGAAAGAGAGAGGGAGAGAGAGAGAGAUGGGGAACUCCUCCUACCAAAUUAUUCACACUGGGCAGGCUUUGCUUUUCUUCACAAAUAGGACACACUUCUCAAAGCCAGGCAGUCCCAGUCUGACCUCCAAACACCAAGGAACCCAACUUUGGGAAGAGAAAAAAAAAAAAAUUAGCUUCAUUAUUUUGGGCUGUUUAGGCCAGCCUCCUCCUUGACUCCAUCACUCGUUUUGGACUAUUUACCUUUUUUUUUUUUUUUUUUUUUGAUCCGGAGGAGAGACAUCUGCAGACCAGGACCACCAACAAGAAGGUCCUCACGUCUGCUGCACCCAUGCUGUAGUUUUUGCUUCUCUUUUUGCUUCCAGUCGCCAUUUGCAGACUGAGUUUCUGCAGGGGGUUUUUGGCUCCCCCGCCCCAGUCCCCGGCGCCACCCCCUUCCUCCCCGGCGCUUGCAGCGGCCCACCGCGGGCCCACACUCGGAUGCGCUGAGCCGAGCCUGCACCGUACGGUCCACGCAGGCGGUGUAUGGAAGUGGUGGGCUGCAAGGCAGAGGCGGCCAGUUGCAAGUUGCGUCCGGCACCGGGAGCCAUGCUUUUCCACGGGAUCUCCGGGGAUCACAUCCAAGGGAUCAUGGAGGAGAUGGAGAGACGGUCCAAGUCGGAGUCUCGCCUAGCCAAGAGCAUGCAGCUCAACGGGAGAGAGACGACCAUGCCCUCCAUGAGCCCGGAGAAGCCCGCACUGUGUGCCGGCUGUGGGGGCAAGAUCUCGGACAGAUACUACCUCCUGGCCGUGGACAAGCAGUGGCACUUGCGCUGUCUCAAAUGCUGUGAAUGUAAACUCGCGCUGGAAUCGGAGCUAACGUGUUUUGCAAAGGACGGGAGCAUCUACUGCAAGGAGGAUUACUACAGAAGGUUCUCGGUGCAGAGGUGCGCGCGCUGCCACUUGGGGAUUUCCGCCUCGGAGAUGGUGAUGCGCGCGAGAGACUCUGUGUACCACCUGAGCUGCUUCACGUGCACCACGUGCAACAAGACCCUCACCACCGGCGACCACUUCGGCAUGAAGGACAGCCUCGUCUACUGCCGCCUCCACUUCGAGAGCCUGGUGCAGGGAGCAGACUACCACCCCCAGCUCAACUUCGCCGAGCUGGCGGCCAAGGGCGGCGGCCUGGGCCUGCCCUACUUCAACGGCACCGGCACCGGCACGGCGCAGAAGGGCCGACCGCGGAAGAGGAAGAGCCCCGCCAUGGGCUUGGAUUUACCCAGCUACAACACGGGCUGCAACGAGAACGACACGGACCAUUUGGACCGGGACCAGCAGGCCUACCCGCCGACACAGAAGACCAAGCGCAUGCGGACCUCCUUCAAGCACCACCAGCUGCGGACAAUGAAAUCAUACUUUGCCAUCAACCACAACCCGGACGCUAAGGACCUAAAGCAGCUGGCCCAGAAGACGGGCCUGACUAAGAGAGUUCUGCAGGUUUGGUUCCAAAACGCGAGAGCCAAAUUCAGAAGGAACGUUUUACGACAGGAGAACGGAGGUGUUGAUAAGGCUGACGGCACCUCGCUCCCUCCGCCCUCAUCCGACAGUGGGGCCCUGACCCCCCCCUCCAGCGCGGCCACACUAACAGACCUGACAAACCCCUCGAUUACUGUAGUGACGUCCGUCACCUCUAGUUUGGACAGCCACGACUCGGGGAGCCCCUCACAAACUACCUUGACAAACCUUUUCUAACAAGCGAGCAGACUGCUUUCAUUUUUGCCUUUUUUUCUUUUCUUUCUUCUUCAUUUUUCCCUGAUUGACACCUUUAAAACAAGCGCAGGCGGCACCGUGGAAGACAGCGUGCCGUACUGUUUUCACGCAAACAGGAAGAACAACAAGAAGACCACAAUUUCAAAACAAAAUGUGUAGCAUUUGACAACAGUUUGCAGCGACUGACUUUGGAAAGGACUUAAAACAAACGUUGGAAGAACAAUAACUCAAAACCUGGAAAGUAGUAUCCUUUAUUUGUACAUUUGUAUUGAUUAUGAUCAAUUGAGCCCUUCUUGGUUAAUUGGUGACUUUUGCUCUCGGAAACCUGUACUUGUAUGCACUGUGUUGGCACUAAUUAGAUUUUCUUAAUGUCAUUGGGAAACAAACUUGUAGAAUGUUCUGUAUAGGAAUCGAUCCACUAAACAGGCUUUAAUUCUCUUUUUGAAUGUCCAAUCCCGCCAAGAUCCCAAUAGGAUUCAUCACACGACCGAACUUUCGUACUCGAUUGCCACGAUUUUUGGAACGAUCUUACAUUCUGGUACGGUAAUAACGUUCACAUUAUGACUGAAGAGCGGAUUAUGUCAUCCAGGGGUGUCCAAACUCUUUCCAGCCAGGGUCGCAUCAGAAAGAUUCAAUGAUUUUGAUACAUUUUUUACAUUACAGAUGCUAACAUAUAUUGAGUGUAGGCCAAUAUAUAUUAGCUUUGUGUUAUAGCGCUCAACGUUUGUAUUGGAAAAUAAGAGAAAUUACCCUUAAUUAUUUGCUACAUCAACAUCUUAGCUUUGUUUUAGAGCAGUGGUUGUCAAACUUUUUUCACAAAAGUACCACCUCAGAAAACCAUAAUGACCAACAUUAAAACACAGGGGCGUAGUAGGCGUAAGUGUUCAUUAAAAACAAGGCAUAGGUUUUAUUUAACAAGUGUAUUUAAUAUUUUUGGCCACUGUAACAUUACACACAGUUUAAAGAGUAACACUGUGUUUGAAUAUAUAAGAAAAGAAAACACUGUUUAAUUAUAAUUAAUUAAGUGAUUCUUUGGGCGUACCACUAGAUGGAGCCUGUAUACCACUAGUGGUAUCCGUACCACCGUUUGAGAAUCACUGUUUUAGAGGAUUACCUGUCAACCUUUUGCGUUUGUAAAAAAAAAAAGGGAUAUUUCCCAGCAUUUUCGGUCUUUUUUCAUCAGCAUUCCCUCGGGAUGCAAAUAUAUACUGUAUGCUACUCCGUCAUCUUAGCUUUAUGUUGUAGACAUACCUGUCAUCCUUGGCAUUUUCUAAUAUUAGCUACAAAAGAAUGGGAAAUUAAAGAAUUGUCUCAUAAUGUUAGAAUACAUGCUACAUCGACAUACCUGUUAAUAUUUGCAUUGGAAAAUGAGGCCAGAACAUUUGGCAAAUUUUCUUGAAAAAUAAAUAUAAUAAUAAGAAUAAUAUCUUAAUAAUAGCUUUGUUUCAGAGGCAUAUCUGUGAACAUUUCUAUUUGUAAAUAAAGGCCAUUUUCCAGAAAACAAUUAAAUUACCAGAAAAUUUGGCAAAUUUUCUUUGAAAAAAGGGGAAAAUUAGGGAAAUUGCAAAUCCCCUGGGACUAAAUAUCUGCUAUAUUAACAUUUUAGCUAUGUUUUUUUAAGCAUAUCUGUCAACAUUUCUAUUUGUAAGAAAAAAAGGAAAUUUUCCAGAAAAAACUAAACAAACUAACUGAACAUUUGCCAAAUUUUCCUCCCCAAAAAGGAAAGAAAAAACAGGGAAAUUGUAUGUAUAUAUAUGCUAUAUUGACAUUGUAGGUUGUGUUAUAGAUACAGUAUAUCUGUCAACAUUUGCAUUCGUAAAUAAGGCCAAUAUUCCAGAAAGUAAGACAAAAUUACCAGGGGAAUGAGAAAGUUAGACUAUGGGAAAUUUACGGGAAACUAUUGAAACAAAAUAAGGAAACAUUUUCAGAAAUUAAGGGAACUUGUCCACCAUCAACCCCCCUGUGAUAUAAAAAUAUCUGCUACAUGGACAUCUUUCUUUUCUUUUAACAUUUGCAUUCGUAAAAAAAAGGAACAUUUCCAGGAAAUAAGGGACAUAUUUCCAGGAAAUUGUGAUACUAAUAAAUUAGAUUCAUAUAGUGCUUUUCUAGACACUCAAAGUGCUUCACAGAGAAGUGAGAAGCCAUCACUCCUUGACUGUACAUUCACACCUUGUUGAUGGUAAGCUACAUUUGUAGCCACAGCUUUCCUGGGGUAGACUGAAGGAUGUUUAUGUUGAAAACGGAAAAUAAAGAGUUUUGGGUGGUGAAAGUUAGAUUUUGGGAAAUUUACGGGAAACUAUACAAACAAAAUAAGGGACAUCUUACGGAAAAAUAAGGGAAAUUUCACGAGGAAUAAGGGACAUUUCUACGAAAAAUAGGGGAAAUAUAACGGAAAAUAAGGUAAAUAGGGACGGCGUGGCGAAGUUGGUAGAGUGGCUGUGCCAGCAAUCGGAGUGUUGCUGGUUACUGGGGUUCAAUUCCCACCUUCUACCUUCCUAGUCACGUCCGUUGUGUCCUUGGGCAAGACACUUCACCCUUGCCUCUGAUGGCUGCUGGUUAGCGCCUUGCAUGGCAGCUCCCUCCAUCAGUGUGUGAAUGUGUGUGUGAAUGGGUAAAUGUGGAAAUACUGUCAAAGCGCUUUGAGUACCUUGAAGGUAGAAAAGCGCUAUACAAGUAUAACCCAUUUAUCAUUAUUUAUUUAUAAAUAUGACUGAAAAUAAGAUACAUUUUAUAGGAAAAAGGGGACUUUUUUACAGGAAAUAAGGGAAAUUGCCCAAAAUCAAGCUCUUCUGUGACAUAAAAUAUCUGCAAGAUUGACAUCUUUGCUUUUUAUAUCUGUUAAUAUUUGUACAAGUAAAACAUGUACUUUUUGGUGGAAAAAAGGUAAAUUAUUUGAGAAAAAAUUUCCCACCAUCAGACAAUUUUUAUUGUGUGUUUGUGGAGGAGGGGACAAUGAAAAAUUUAUGAGAAACUACUUCAACAAAAUAAUUAUUUGUCUUUUCCAUCAUCGGAGAGGUUUUGUUUGGAGUCAGAGCCGUGCCACUAGUGAUACGUGGGCACCUUUAGUGGUAUGCCAAAGAAUCACUCAUUAAAUUUAUAACACAGUGUUACUGUUCAAACCGUUUGUAAUGUUACAGUGGCCAAAAUAUUAAAUUUACUUGUUAAAUAAAACCUCUGACUUGUUUUUUAUGAAUACUUGGGCCUACCACGCGACAGUAUUUUAAUGUUGGUCAAUAUGGUGGUAUAUGGAGAGCACAAAUUUUUCUGAGGUGGUACUUGGUGAAAAAAGUCUGAUCUUAAAAUAAGGGAAAUUGUUUGAAAAAGUGAAAUUGUAGUCUUUUCUACCAUCGGAAAUCAUUUUUUUUUAGAGGGAUCAGACUUAAAAUAUGGGGAAUUUAUGGGAAAGUAAACAAAAUAAGGGACAUUUUCCGGGAAAUAAGGAAAAUGCAUUAUUUUCCACCAUAGGGGAGGAUUUUAUUUUGGGAAAUAGACAGUAAACUAAACAGGAAGGUGCUGGGAAAAGACAAAAUCCGGUAGCAGGUAUUAUUUAUUAUUAUUAUAAUCAUGAAUUUUUUAUAUUUUUACAAGAUGCAAAAGAGAAAGAGGCCGCACUUUGGACACCCCUGAUGCAACCAACCGCCUCUUGAUGUUUUGUUGUCCUGCUCGAUGAAUCGCAGUAAACAAAGUAAACACAACGCCCCGUGAACAAGUGCAUUAUUGUUUUAUCGUGUUGCUCAGGGUGACGAUUUUUUUUUUUUCAAGGUAAAAAAAAAAAAAAAAAGCGUUGAAAUGAAGUGAGAUACGUCGGUGGACUUGUAAAGACAGGUGUCCAUGUUUUCACUGUAAUUUUAUUUGAAUGACACUUAUUACCAGACCAGACCAAAAAAAACAAAACAACAUACAAUUUUCCUCUGGCUGAAAGGUAGUAGGAAAAAGCAAAUUGUUCUGUCGUAGAACAAAGUGGUACUUAAGUCUACUUGAGGGAGUGGAUGCCUAACUCAGUUCUACUAUGUGCCUUAUGCGAGAACUUGGGAAAAGUUUGUGAAAUUCAGGAUUCUUCGUGUUCUUUGUUAACUGAUCCACACCCUUUGGACGCCUCACUAGUUUUGUACUGUUUUGCAUCUUAUUUUCAAAGAUCUUUUUAUGGUGUAUCCUGUUUGUGGCGGGUGGGUCU